GAUGCGCUGAGUGCUGAUCAUUUUAUUCAGAGUAUUAUUUGACAAUGUUUAUCAUAAUAGAUCAAUAUUAGAUUUUUUUGUUUUAAUAUCAAAAAAGAUGGAGUGGAUUCAAAAAUUUAUUUGGUGGAUAAUGAUAAUAACUGUGUGCAGUGGUAACAAAAUAUUUGAUAAAUUCGAAUCGGAGUAUUCAUCAAUUUCGUGGAAUCAAAUGGGUGAAUUAAUAAAAUUAUGUUUUGCUGAUCGAACAAAUCCUAUCGUCAUUACUAAGGACUUGAUCGAUUUAAUUUAUGAAAGUUCACGAGACAUUGAUCACCCAAGUGUUAACAUAAUUGAUAGUAAUUAUAAAGCAAAGAAUAUACAAAUAUUCAACCCUGCUUAUCCCACGUAUAUCCUGUCUGCCCAAUCUACUGAUGAACUCGGAGCUCUUUUGGACGCGUUGAAGUUAUCACCCACGUGGAGUGUUACUUCAGUUUUUUUUAUUAUUGGAAUCACUGAAAAGUCUUGUGGAGGCGCGUCGAAAAUGCUGCAAAUACUCUGGAAACUAGAUUUGAUAUCAUCUUAUUUUGUUUGCCAUGAGUCAGAUAAUGAUGAAAUUAUGAUGCUGUACACUUACAACCCAUUCACGAACCAAGCUCCUGAACCUUGGGUAGAAGUGGAAACUUUUGACAAACCUGACAACCAAUGGACUCUCUACAAACAACCUUACUCAAAUGAUAAAAAUAUAUGUCGCAAUCUGACUUUUGAUAAGACUAAAUUUCUUAAUGGCCACACCGUAAAAGCUGCAAUAAAUCCGAUGAUUAAAACAAACUGCACUCAUAAUAAGGUAUUCGAUAUCAAAGAAUUAGGAAAUGUUACUAAUUAUUUUGUUUCUGAAUUUAGUAAUAAUUUAUUUUUGUAUUUAAAUGUAACACCGGUUAUCAAUUACGGUGACGCAGGAUCUAUGGUAAACAAUACUGCAGUAGGAUUUUUGAAAACAUUAAUGAACGGUACCCAUGAUAUUGUUUUAAGUCCACGGCGUUUUGGUAGCUAUUACGAGCAAGUUGAUAUUAUAAACUUUCAUUUUCAAGUUGGCCAUAUGAUAUUAACGCAACGAAUGGAACUCGUUUCGAUAAUUAAAAAUUUUAAAGAAUUUUUGAGUUUUGAAAUUAUUGCCGUCACGAUUCUAAUUUUAUUUAUAACGUUUAUUAUAAUAAUUUUUAAAAACGGUAAUGAUUAUAGUCGUGGGUUUUUAGAUAUUUUACGAUUAUCAUUAAGUGCUGGAAUUUCCGCACCGUUAAAUAGUUUAUCUGUACGGGUUAUAUUUUUUGUUACAACUUUAUACGUUUUUAUAAUGUCUCCAUUUAUACUUGGACAGAUAUUAGCCCUGUCAGUAAAACCCGAUCAUCACUAUCCGGAAAACUUAAAAGAUUUACGUGACUUUAAAUACAACGUUUACUAUCAUGAAGAUUUGAAACCCUUUAUUUCUGACCAGGAGUUGUGGCUCAAUUUAGACAAAAAGUAUUUGCAUAGACUUACUGAAUACCCACUAAGUUGCCAUGACCAAGUUUUAAAUGAUAGUUUAAACGCAUGUGUUACUUCUAUAGCCUAUCAAAUAAUCGCAGCGUACAAGUAUAACUUACAUUUGGCUCAAGAAAAAUUAGAUUUUUUCUAUGUUUCUUACUUAAUUCGUAAGAACUGGAUUUUGAAAAGUGAAAUCGAUAAAUUGGCUUUAAGAUUUUCAGAGCACGGUUUAAUAGACUGUUGGAACAAGCGGGAAUUUAUUUACCGUUUGAACAAAUUGAAAGUUAAAGAAGCAUUAAAGACAGCAGCCUCCAAAUAUGAUGGAGUAGAAUUUGAAAAUUUACUAGGUGUUUACAUAUUUAUGGCACUGAGUUUUGUUUUUACGGUCUUGAUUUUUGUAGCUGAGAUACUGAUAAAGAAAUUUCAGGAUUCACAACACAGAAAAAUAAUUAUUAAAACUUUGGAGAAAAAAGUUGCCUUCGUUGGCGGGCGAUUGAUUCCAAUAAAACAAUCAUCGCACAGAAAAAACAAAAAUAAAAAAAAAAAAAUGAGGAUUUGAAAUUGUAACCCGAAACCUGGGUUUAAAUGCAGAGAAUUUUAACGUUUCAAGCAAUAAAUUUUAUAAUACGUGUCAUGAAUUUUUCAAGUUUAAGUAAUGAUUUUUAAAGUUCAAAUAUCAAUCUUUCUUCAUAAUUAAUAAAUUUUAAUAUUUAUCUUAUAAUUAUUGACGUGUUAAUUAUAAAUAAAAGAAUUACUAUUUAGAAUGACAGUACAUUGUGAAAAAUUCGCGGAGUGAAUACGGAGUAAAUCCGGAGUGAAUGAAUUUUUAAUUAUUCACUCUACUCGGAGUGAAAUUCACUCCGCAGGGGAGUUUUCGCGGAGUAGAUAAAUUUUUUAUUAAAUUAAUCCCUCCGGAGUGAAAUUCACUCCGGAGCGGAGUUUUGAAAAUAUUAUUAAUAAAAUAUAACUCCACAUAAUAAAAUCGAAGUAAAAAUUCGCGUAUUACAUUAUUGAUCAGCUGAUAUGCACACACAUACACACAUACAUAUUUAGGCACACACGCGCACUCGCACACACACGCACGCACACAUUUGUACACACGCACACAUUUGCACACACGCACACAUUUGCACACACGCACACAUUUUCACACACGCACACAUUUUCACACACGCACACAUUUGCACACACGCACAAAUUUUCACACACGCAUGAAUUUGCACACACGCACACAUUUGCACACUCGCACACAUUUGCACACACCCACAAAUUUGCACACACGCACAAAUUUUCACACACGCACACAUUUGCACACACGCACACAAACACCUGCUCACACCCAAACACACACACACACACACACACACACACACACACACACACACACAUUGUUUAGCAGUUUCAUAUAAAUUAAUAUAAAUUUAUUUAAGUACUCAAACUCCGGACCGGAGUGAAUUGGGAGUGAAAUAAAAUCCGCGUCGCUCCGAGAUCACUCCGCUAAAAAAAAACUCCCAAUUCACUCCGCAUGCGGAGUGAUUUUUUUUAAAACUCCGGAACUCCGAGUGGCGGAGUGAAUUCGGAUUUUAUUUCACUCCCAAUUCACUCCGAAUUUUUUACAGUGUACUUACUGAUUACUUUAUCAGUAUAUUACUUGUUGUCAAAAAUGUAUAUUGUUAAUUUUUAUCCGUGCACACAGAAAAAAAAGUUGACUUGAUUCAAGUAAGAUAUUCUUGGACCAAGAAUACUAGUUUGAAGAAUGCCAUUUUUUUUUUGCUUCAAGAAUUGUUAUCUUGGCUCAAGGAGUUUCAGGAUUCUUACAUCAAGAAUUGUUUAUGCUUGGUUCAAAAGUACGUUUCUUUCACAGAAUAAAUCUAACUCUCAAACCAAGUUACAGAUUUACUAUUCUUUUGGUCGGUUAGUUGUAGUUAGUUUGGCAUUGUAAGUUCACAAUUUGAACAUCAAAACAUAAAUCUCGCGGUUGAUAAUUAUUUUUGUUUAAUGUAUAUAAAUUUAAACAGAUUUCGUUAUGAUGAAGGGAGGAUGUCCCUGAAGAUCGGAACGUUUCUCGCGGAACGAAAAUAAGAAAAAAGAAAUGAAAAGUAAAAAAUCUACUGGAUCUAGAUGUCGGAAAUGUUUUGCAUGUCACCCGAAAAUAACAGGCCACCCCCCAACAACCCCUUAAGUCGCCUUGAGACACAAAUUUCAUGAAUUAUUUCGAUUUUCGUUGCGUCAAAAACGUUCCGAUCUUCAUGUGCUUAAGGGAGGGUGAGGCACGACGGCCCUCUUAAGCCGGUAAUAAUUUUUUAUGGCUUUGAAUCUCUAGGUCAACCUAAUUUGGUCCUACCUUAAUCAAAUCUAUUAAGGUUUUACCAAAACUCAAAGAUUAAUUUUCGGUAACAGCUACCAAUUGCCAAUCGGUAGCUGAUUAAAUCGGUAAAUUAUGAGUUACUUUAUAAUUUAUUCGUUCAAAAAGUAUAAUUUGAUUG